UACUAUUCGACUGUGAAAUGUGCUAGGAGUGUUUAAUGAGGUGUGGAGUGGGGUGAGGGGUGGAGGAGUAAGCGUCGGGAGGUCAGUGGCAGGAGGGAGCAGUUUGACAACCGAGCUCAGCCGACACCGACACCUUUCAGCCAUGAAUCUGCCCAGUCGAGCACGUGUCUACUGCGAUGUCAAUUCUCACAAGCCACGAGAGUACUGGGACUACGAAGCUUAUGCAGUCGAUUGGGGGCAACAAGACGACUACCAGCUAGUUAGAAAACUUGGCAGAGGCAAAUACAGUGAAGUAUUUGAAGCCAUAAAUGUAACAAGUAACAAAAAAUGCGUAGUAAAAAUAUUAAUGCCGGUGAAGAAAAAUAAAAUCAAGCGAGAGAUAAAAAUUCUUAAGAACUUGAGAGGUGGCAUGAACAUCAUAACGUUACUAGCGGUUGUGAAGGAUCCAAUCUCGAGAACGCCUGCGCUCAUUUUCGAGCAUGUCAACAACACCGAUUUCAAACAACUGUAUCAAACGUUGAACCACUUCGACAUUCGAUACUAUCUGUACGAGCUGCUAACGUCACUAGACUACUGUCAUAGCAUGGGCAUCAUGCAUAGGGACGUGAAGCCUCACAAUGUGAUGAUCGAUCAUCAGCUAGACAUGUGGUCUCUUGGUUGUAUGCUGGCAAGCAUGAUAUUUAGGAAAGAACCGUUUUUUCAUGGACAUGAUAAUUAUGAUCAGUUAGUUCGCAUUGCUAAAGUGUUGGGAACAGAAGAACUUUACGAAUAUUCAGACAAAUAUCACAUGGAUCUUGAUCCAAGGUUUUCAGAUAUCCUAGGGAGACACUCGCGGAAAAGGUGGGAGAGAUUUGUACAUAGUGAAAACCAGCAUCUUGUCACCCCAGAAGCUCUUGACUUUUUGGACAAACUAUUACGAUACGAUCAUUAUGAACGUCUUACUGCUCGCGAAGCCAUGGAUCAUCCUUACUUCUAUCCAGUUGUGAAGGAGCAGAAUCGGCUGAACAUAGUAUCUUCGUCUCCUACUCCCAUAGCAGGCCCAGUGCCUGCAGGUGACUAGCAUGCCAGCACGAGGAACAGCAGCAGUGAGUAGCAGUGCUGGUGUUGGUCCGAGCGUAGCUCCCGGCGUAGGAGUGAUCGCCACGCCUCAAUCAACGCAAUGAACUGUCUAUUGUAUAUUACAACAAUUGGAAAGUGUUGUUUGCAGACUCGCUUAAGUGUGUUUGUCCACCAUUCGAAAUAACGGUAGGCCUCCUCUGUUCUGCGAACAUUAAUUUUGUAUUGGACUUUAACUGUUAAUGCAUUAUAUUGUAUGUUUAAGACGUCUAUUAAGCGUAUUAUAUAAACUUUUAAUAUGGUCUUAGGAAUUCAGUAAGCAUAAAAAUAUUGGAAACGAAAAUCCGUUGUGUGUUGAAUUCAUUAGAAAACAGGCAGCCUAUUUGUUGAAGACCAUUAUUAAACAUUCUCACCUUAUUAUAAUAGAAAUAUUAUAAUGUAAGAGAAAAAUGACAAAAUUAUUAAACUUAUUCCUUGACUGAACAUGCAUUAUUCUUCUUACUUGCAUUGGUUUUUAUGAGUGAUAUUUUACAACCUUCAAGUUUAGUUGGAUAACUUUAGCACAUCAGAAAAUGAAUAGCUAUUGAG